GCCAGCGCUCGCAAAGUAUAUAAAUAUUAACGACAAUUGGAUCAAGCGGCAUACGAGCACCGUUUACCCCCAAUCAUCGAUUUCCUACUGAACGCCACUUUCGACAUCAUGUCAGAUACACCCAGUGGUUUCUCAGCAAUCGUCAAACAUCCUCAGUAUUUCAUUCCCACUGGGGACACCCAAUUUUUAGCACAAAACGUACUUUUCAAUGUACAUCGUUAUUUCCUUGAACGCGAACCGACUUCCUUCAGAGACAUAUUUUCCGAUAGCGAUAACAACGACACCAAGCCUUAUCAUACAUUGGAUGUCAAACCCGAAGAUUUUGCCCACUUCCUGUGGGUGUUCUACGACGAAGACUUUGAAUAUGAGAACCAGCCGCUUGAGAAGUGGCUGGUGAUCUUAAGGCUCGCAACGCGGUGGGGAUUUCGCAAAGUGCGAAAGCUGGUCGUCCGUCAGCUCGAGAAUCUCGACCUACAACCCAUCGACAAGAUCAAGAUCUAUUCCGACUUCAAGAUCGAUGCCCAGCUUCUGAUACCAUCAUACUCGACAUUGGCAAAGAGCCCCACGCUCCCUCCUUUUUCAGAGGCUGCAAAGCUUGACAUUGAAACAAUUCUCAAGCUCACCAUGGUGAGGGAAAGAGCGUUGCAGAAGGCAGCAGAGGACGGAUGCCGUUCUCCGACGAGUGCGAGCGCUGGGGAUGAAGACGUCAAAAGAUUCAUAUGCGAGAUUUUUGACCUCCCCAGGGCCUCAACGACUGAGCCAUCGAAGCCUGUUGAAGGGAGUUCCGCAGAUGGAGUCAAUGACACCAAGGGAAGCUCGGUUCCGACGUUGCAAAAUCCCACUCCGGGAGGGAAGAAGAAGCAGAAUGGCAACGUCAAAGGCACAUCCAACGCAAAUGGCCGGCACAGUAAUGGAGGCACACCCUCCUCCUAGGGUACGCUGCAGACAUUGGGCUUCUCUCGUUGAUUCACAACAAAAUCGUCCAUUCAGGUAUAGGAAUAUGCGCCCGUGGUGAAAAGUAAUCGCACGAGAUUUUAUGUUGCAUAUGUUAAAAGGGAGAAGUUCGUGUAGG